AUGUUUCUUCGUUUAUGUCUUGCCGUUUGUUUGGUUUUGGCCGCUGUUAAUGGUCGUGUUGUUAAAACAAAACCAUUUCUUUCACAAAGAUUAGUCAACGAAAUUAAUGCAGUACAAUCAUCAUGGAAAGCAGCACCAUCAAAAUUUAUGUCAUGGUCAGAAAAAUCACUUAAACGAAUGAUGGGUGUUCGUCCAGAAUAUUUCGAACAAAUCAAAUCAAUUGAAGCAAUUGAACAUGAAAUCCCAAAUGAUUUACCAGUUAAUUUCGAUGCUCGUGAUAACUGGCCAACUUGCGCAUCAAUCAAAGAAGUUCGUGAUCAAGGAAGCUGUGGAAGUUGUUGGGCUUUUGGUGCUGUUGAAGCUAUGUCUGAUCGUAUCUGUAUUGCUUCAAAAGGUGCUCAAAACUUUCAUAUUUCAGCUGAAGAUCUUACCGCAUGUUGUUCAUCAUGUGGUUUCGGAUGUGAUGGUGGUUUCCCACAAGCUGCUUGGGCAUACUUCAAAAGUGACGGUUUAGUUACUGGUGGUAAUUACGACACAAAACAAGGUUGUGAACCAUACACAAUUAAAGCUUGUGAUCAUCAUGUCAACGGAAGUAAAGCACCAUGCGGAGAUGAAGAACCAACACCACAAUGCACAAAGAAAUGUAUCGAUGGUUAUCCAACUACAUAUACCAAAGAUAAACAUUUUGGUGCAAGUGUUUAUUCAGUUCGUUCCGAAAAACAAAUUCAAACUGAAAUCCAAAAAAAUGGUCCAGUUGAAGCUGCUUUUACUGUCUAUGCUGAUUUUCUUACAUACAAAUCCGGUGUUUACAAACAUACAUCUGGUUCAGUUCUUGGUGGACAUGCCGUCAAAAUUCUUGGUUGGGGUGUAGAUGGUUCAACACCAUACUGGCUCGUUGCUAACUCAUGGAACGAAGAUUGGGGAGAUAAAGGUUUCUUUAAAAUCCUCCGUGGUAAAGAUGAAUGUGGUAUUGAAGAUGGUAUUGUUGCUGGUUUACCAAAAGUUUAA